AUUUCCUUCUCCCUCUCACUUUCAGUAUUUAUUCGUAGCAUUCAACAAGUGGUUUUCGUUUACUGUCUAGUUUUCAGAUAUUUUUUGUAUUCUAAAUAUUUUUUGUGCUUUAGUGAGUGGAAUUAGUGCAUCAAAGUGUUAAUUAAAGUCAUUGAGAAACUCUGUUAAUUAAAGUGAUUUUACCAAAUCAAAGCUUCAAAGCAACCAAACAGUGAUGAACUAAAAGGGAAACCCGAAUCAAAGGCUCAUAUUCAAUGAGCGGCAACACCUCUUAGGCCCAAAAAGCCCUACAACCCGGCAGCACAACUAAGCCAUUGGCCUGGUCCGAAAACCGCAAGCACCAAGGACGAGGGACCACACGAGGAUGAGGUGACUGUAGGGCGAUAGACAAAGUGUAUCAAUUAUAAUACGGGCGCACAAGGCGAACGACCCAGAGCCUGGGGCAAACUAAAGGGGACACAAGCAAGAGUCCAGGCUCCAGGAUCCAGGAAUAGAAGCCAGGACACUGGAAAAAUCAUAAAAAUUCUUAAAAGUUUGGUAAAAAGAGACAUCCACAUACAGAAUCAUGUUGCCAACGACAAGUACAACCACAAUUACCUCAGAUCCGGGCAUUCUCUGUUUUCAUCACUGCAACGUGAAAGUUUUCUGCUUCACUUUGCCGCACACUUGUCCCCAUUGCACUGCGCCACUGUACGCGGAUGCGGAUGCCAACACAAAUGCGAAUGCGGAUCCAAAUUCGGACGUAGACAAAGCCGUCGGACCACGCCUCCUGCCCUUCCGCCUGCCAUAUCCUUUUGUGCGCGCCACCCAACAUCCAUGCGCCAUUGUCCUGCGUCCCUCCACCGGCGAUUUUCUCAACGAUUACAACAACGCCACCGAUUUGCAUAUCGCAGUGACCACAUCCGGCGGCGACAUCGUGGAGUUCGAUCGUAUUGGACUGCGCCGUCACCGGAGGGACGAUAAUCCGAUGGAAUGGAGGCAGUCCCUGUUGGUUGGGGAUGUGCCGGAGCCGUGGCAUGACUUCUGGGACGAGGUGCUGCAGCAGAUUUGCGCCCAAUCGGUGAGAUGGUCCAUUGCCAGCUACGAGGAGGAGACCCACAACUGUUACGCCUUUGUCCUGGCCUUCCUGCAGGCCCUCGGGCACGCCCCUCUGAGCGAGGCGGCCCGCAGCAAGACCGCCUUCUGUGAACAGUGCAUCGUUCCAAGAACAACAACGGCCGGCAAGUACAUUUCGUUGUACCGCAAACUCCGACGAUCCGGGGUCUACGUCCAUCGCCAGCACCCCAAGAGCCGGACAAAGUCGAACCGACGGCCCACAUCCUCCUCCGGAUCCUUAGGCUCUGCUAAUUCCUAUUCCUCGGAUGUUCUAUCCAAGGGUUACUCUGGCGGCGGUGUGCCAGGCCUCGGUGUUCGGACUCGGCCCACACUAUGCACCAUCGAGGAGUAAUUA